AGUAGUAUUUGAGUCGUUGAAAAUGCUUGAAUUAAUGUCUUCCGCGUUAAACUUAUUUUUAUUAUUUUAUUCAAUGCAAGAAAAUUUAAUGUAAAAGAAAUCAAUUAAUGAAAACAGGGAUCGGUUUUACUUGUGAAAAGUAUAAAUUUUGUUAUGAAACAUGGAAAAUUGUUUAAUUUUAUGUGAAAAUUCCUUCUAUUUUUGUGAAUGAAAAACUUUAUCCGAGAACUGGAAGCAUCAGUGUGAACGGCUUCUUCAUAACUCUGAAUUAUUGAUUUUCUUUUCAAAAACGAACUUAAACCGUAAAUUUAUACCGAAAAAAAAAUAUUUUUUUAAAUUAUUGAGUUCACGUUAAACUUUGUUGUGAAUAUUUGUUGUUGUUGUUCGUGGAGAUAAGACGGAUUAAAGACGUGAAAAGUGAUUUAAAGAUUAUGUUACUGUUGUUGUUUGUUAAUCUAUUUACUGAUGUUAAUAAUGUACAUAUGGCUUCCAGCACUACAACCAAAAUCGAUUGAAAUUUCUGUAUUCAAUAUACCAGAACGAGAACAAGGACCUAACCAAAUAGCAAAGGAGUUGACCUCGCUUCGCACGGUAUAGGGAAAACAAAACGAGCUUACCGUUUAUAACGCUCGAGACUCUGAUUAUGACAUCAAAAUCGGAUUCGAAUCUGGAUAGCAGCUUCAAGCAAAGUAAGAAACCGAUUCGUCCUAAUUUAUUGAAACUAAUGCCGGUUGGCAGCGGCAAGAAGAGAAAUAAAUUUAAGCUCAAAUCAUCCGAAUCCGAUGUUCGUGACCGAUAUCUGGACGAUCCAGCAUACACAGCAGACGUCAGUCAUUUAGCUAUUCCAAUGCGACGAAACAGUGGUCCCGAAUCGGAGCGUCGAAAAUCAUUUUCAAUUAUUCAGUCACAAUUUUCCACCGAUUCAGGCAAAGCCAACAAACACUACAAUGAGUACGACGAAUCGAAAGUCCAGAAGCGUAAUAAGGUUUACGACAAAAAGAAGAAAAAGAGCACCGAAAUGGAGAAGAAAAUGUAUCAGGGCCGAUGCGAAUCGAGCAGUUCGGACGAGUUAGAGUACAGCCGGAGAGGACAGUCGUUAGACCGGCACAUAAUUAAACAUCAGAAGAAGAUGCAUUCGUCACAGCACGACAUCAACACAACAUCGCUGGAUCAUAAGAAAUACAAAAUGUAUGCACGGAAAGACUUUGUGAGCGGUAACAGCAAAUCAUUCCAACAGAAAUAUCAUUCGUCCAUGAGUUAUGGAUCGGACUACAAAAAAUCAUCGUCGAAAAAUGCCAGUUCUCGUUCAAGGGAGCGAUUCAAUGCGGAAUCGAUGGAUAUGUAUCAUACCGACGAAAUGCAACGAGGUGGUGGAAAUAGCAGUACCACUCCCGAUGAAAGUAAAUCAAAAGAUUCCAGUCGCUUUCAAAUCGGUAAGCGUUUACUGAAAGGUGAAAUCGGUAUAAAAAGCUUUAACUAUUACCUAUUGAAAGAAGGCCUCAAAUCAUCCAAAAAAUCGCUAUUCAAACAUCUAAGCACGAACGAUGAAAGGAAAUCUUUCGAGAACGUCUCCAGAAGCGAUGAAAAUAUUUACGAAGAAAUUUUCUUUGUUGACAAAAAUAAAAAGAAUUUAAUUUCGAAUCCCGACUGUGAUUUAUGCAUACAGGAGUGCACCAGAAAGAACUGCGACAUAUGUCGCGCCAACGAACUGAUGGGAAAACGUGCGAAUGAAAAACCAUUUCGCGACGCCGAAAUCGCGACAAUUGAUCAAAGUGUUAAUAUGAAAGAUCUGGUCCAGCAUCGCCAAAACGUACUGCAAUAUCAAUCGUACAAUCCCAACAAUCCAGGGGUCUACAAAAUCGAAACCACUCCAGUAGCAUUCACGAAUGACUACAACCCAAUCUAUCAAGUACCGAAUAAGCCGCAGCAGCAAUCCCAGCAACAGCAGAGACAAAAUUAUCAACAGCAAUCCUAUUUGAAUGCUCGGAACGCGAAGUCAUCGUCUUCCAGUGACUCGAUUCAUCAGAAAAAUUUCGCCCGGCAACAUGUUCAACCAACGUUCAUUGACGAUAUACCACCAUCGGAACGUUCCGAUUUUCCUGGCCCGAAAAUACAUAAAACCGACUCAAAGGCUUCGAUUGUCAGCGAGAAUAUAUCCAUGAGAAGCAGCGAUAACUCAAAUAAUUACCAAAAACAGGCCGAAAUGAGUGACUCCAGUAUAGGUGAUUCCUUGUUCUCCUAUUCAGCCCCGCGCCGAUUUUUCGGAAGUUCUGAAAGUUGUCGUUUCGGCUACGAAUGCAGACGAUGUAGUUACGAUGGUGACAAGGUCAGCUUUUCCGACACAUGCAGAUACGACUGCCGGAAUUGUGACUGUUCAUCGAGCUACUUUUCAUCGGAUUUUGAUGAGUUGAAUUUUAGUCGCAACAAUAGCACAAGAUGGUCAGCAAACAUGUUACAGCAAGAGGACGAAGCAGGCAGGAAAACGAAACAGUACGCACAAGAUUUUUUUAAACAUGUGACAAAUGUUAAGAAGAAAACUCAAAGUCAAAUGAUUGCCGAAUCGAUUCCAAGAGAUUCCAGUCUCAGUGUUAAUCGGUUGAACAAUCAGAAUUUGGAUUUUAAAGCGAAUGUAAAGCCAUCGGAUAAGAAAAUGCCGAACGUUAAAUCAAGCCUAUCAAGUGCAUCGAAGAGCAGUAGCUACACCGAGUCACCGCUACAUGACCAAGUUGAAAAUUCGGAUAAUAAUAAGAAGAAGGGUGCGGUACCCAAAGUAAACCAAUUAAAGAAGAAUGAUAAAAUCAAAAACGACAACGCCGAUAAGUCUGAUGCGAAUGAGACGGCCAGUGAUAAAAAGCGAUCCAGCGAGGAGCUGGAUGAACAGAAAAUUGCGAAAUCGUUAAGAGUUAACACGGACGCGAAACAGAAUGUAGCUACAAAAGUGGAAAAAGGGUCACCCAAAGAAUCAGAAGCCAAUCAAGUGGAGAGUGUGAAUUUGAGCUCUACAAAACGACCGGAAUGGUUAGAAUUGGAAGAUGAUGAGGUCUUCGAAGCUGCAAGUAAUAGUGUUACAUCAGUUGGAGCGACGAACUCGAGCCAAAUAAAUCCAAUAUCAGUUCCUAACGACACAAAAGAUACAGCAUGCGCAGAGCAAAUCGAAUCAAAACAAACCACUCGUACUACACCAGAUAAAUUCGCUCCAACAUAUCCAAACGGCAAAGAAUGUGUUCAACCAUCGUCGGUCGUAAUCCAAUCACCAACACAACACCAAACUCGAUUAUUUGAGCCAACCGCAAAUGAUGCUGAGUGCAAGAAAACCAUUUCGAUGGACCAGCAGCAACGAUUCCGACCAAACGAUGAGGACGGCUCUCGGAAUGUGGAUACGAAAAUCGAUGCGGAGAGCGGCAAUGUUCAGCGAACCGCCGAAGAGAAAUCGAAAGAAGAAGUGGUGAUAUUAUCAACAGAGAAGUCUAGCAAUUUCUCUAAAACCGCUACAAUUAGUAUUAUAUCUGAUGUUCAUGUCGCAGGUGAUACAGUGAACAGAAAUCAACCGACAGAGACGAAAAAAAGCCCUUCAUCGCAUACCUCACCGGAGAUUGCGACGGCAAGUGUUGCACCACUGUUCGAUAGCAACGAUUUACCCGAUUUUCCGUUACCGGAUUUACCUGUGACCACCAAAUCGCAAACAACUCAAAACGCCCCAGUCGCCGAAUACCAUCAUUCAUUGCCGACAAGUUACAAGGCAAAACAACGCAACGUCGACAAAUUAAAGCAAUUCCCGCUCCAACGCACCGCCACCGACAACAUGUUAUCCCGGAAACUACCAAAUCGCAGAGAAUCUGACCAAUACCUUAGCUUCAACGAUGAUAUGCCCAAAUAUUUGUUCGGCGAUCGAACGAUGCCGGGUGGAUUGCAGAAAAUGACUCGACCAGAUGAGAAAAUAUUCCUAAAUAAAUCUGGAUACGUUCAGGUCAAUCAGAGACGUGCCGACAAAUCGCCAGUGCGAAGUGGUCGACGGCACUCGAAAACGAAUCCGCAGGAUGAUGUUAGAUCGAGCUCUUUUAAUCGCUUUAAUAGUUUGGAUCGAUGUGAAAAUCUUAGCUAUCAUCAACCGAGUCAUAAAUUUAGUAAAAUCGAAGAGCUCAUAUCGAGAGAUGAGGCUAGAAGCAUUAAUGUGACGCUAAAGAAAUUUGAACUGGAUCCUCGGAUAUCAGCGUUACUGAACGAUCGGCCUGGGUUUUUGCCGAUAAAGCGAGCGGCGGAUAAUGAUUCACCACCGCCGAUAACACCGAUCAUUUCUCCACCACCAGCAUUUCAAGAUUCAAAAUCUAGCAAACCUAAGAGCAGCGAAAUGGUGUCGAAAAUUCAUUUGUCGGUGAACAACAAAUUAAAUUCGGAUAAAAUGACCACAGGGACUAAUAAGAAAGUUGUAAAUCAAAGCAUUAAUUGUAGUAACAAUAAUUUAAAUAAUAGCAACAAUCACAAUAAUAAUAACAAUAACAAAGGAAUGGUAUUCUCAAGAAGCUUCGAAUACGACAACAGAGAGCCACGUCAAUACAAUGAAAUAUUCUCAAAAAGUUUUGACUACGACUUUAAAACUCCGUUUACGGAAGAUAAACGAAGUGCUAAGGACAAAACGAAAGCGUUCACAACGCUAACCGGUGUAUCGCCCAACUAUCUGACGAAGAAAGAAAGAUCGCUCGAAAAUAGCCGGGACAAUUCGCCGCAGCAUCAUCAAUAUCUGGAACCGUUGCCGAUUGUCCGACAAAUCAAACAAAAGUCUCACGUUCGCACUACGUUGUCAAUUCGCCCGGAAAAGUUUCGAUCAAUGGAUGAGGAGAAAGGACGAUCGAGACGGGCUCAAUUUACCAAAACGAAUAUUGAGAAUUCAAUAACCGGCAUCGGACAAGGCUUCAGAAGUUUCGAUGCAUCGAUGGCAAUAAACAAAAGACUUAAUUCGUGCGAUAGUGGUGCCAGAUCAGAUCUAUCAAACGACGAAAUCGACAGCGACAAUCAUUCGAAUGGUCAACGAUCGAAUUAUCUCUUCUCGCAGAGCCGUCACACCCAAAGUGUGAUCAAAAAGCAGAGAUCAUUGACACCGGACAAAUCCUCCGACGAUCAAUCGCAAAUGAGCAAACGCUACAUCAAUUCCGACAAACGGAGCAUCACCAAAAACAGUUCGGUAGAAUCACAGGGUUCGGUCUACUUAAAAUCGAGUUCCAGUUCACGCAGCAGCAUACUGGAUCGACAACGGCAUGACGAUAAUAAAUUCAUUUCAUCGAGAAGCUCGUCCACGUCGAGUUUCAGUGGCGGCGAACAAGAAGCAUUGAACUUUAAUCGCUCCAGAUACAGGCAACAGCCGCAGGAACUUUCGACGGGAAGUAGAAUUCGCAGGUCCAGGUCACUUCAAUUAACCGAAAGAUCACCGAGUCGUUCGAAGCAAGCCUUUAAGAAUGCCAUGCCAAAUGCGCCAUCGAACAACAAAUACACACAGCAACAACGAGAGAGACCCAACAAAAGAUCAGAACAAUCCGUUCAAGAACAGCGCUCAUUCGAAACGGAGUACAACAAGUACCAGUAUAAUUCCAAGUUGGACUUCGACAAAAGUCGCUCUUUCGAUGAUGACUAUGGCAAUGAUCAGACGCGUGCGAGUAAAUUCAUCAACGAAAAUCGAUCACUCAGCAACGACAGAGUAUUUUCGAGUGCACCCGCUAAAACGAAACAGAACAUGGCAAACUACGGCACACGACUCUACGAUCACGAAAUGAUGUACGAUAUGGCACGCAAAGUAAUGGACCGAUCACCAAUCAUGGAAUUUAAUGAUCGAAAACGGGAUCCGAAUCUCAGCCGAGAAAAAUCGCCCAGCAGCAGCAACGAACACUUGAUGUCGCAUCGCAGCAUUUCAAAAAAUCAUAAGGACCAUUUCGGAGCAGGAGACCUAUCGCCGAACGAAAUAGUCUAUCGUAGUCGUCUAUCGCCCGGAACCGAGGUGGAUGUUGUGCAUGAUUAUGAUAUGAAGUAUAAAAGUGAUGUGUUGGACAGUGAACUGAUUAAAGAGGCCAAAUUGGUUACCGAAUUUCUAUACGGCAAUCGAACGAAGGCCGAAAUAUUGUUAAAUCAACGGCGUAAAGAGCAAAAACAAUUAAAUCAAAGGCCUGGACCAAUGACUUCAUCUGGAAGUUGUACGGCCAGCUCCUGUGACUUUUGGCCACAUUGUGGCAUUACACAUAAUUUUGUUACGAACAAAGCGCAACAUCUUACGCAAUCACGAUCACAUGAUGAUUUGAAUCUUAACAAUAAGUCAGUGUUGAGUGUUUGCGAUAGUGAUCGAUAUAUCGGGUCCAAUAAUGUAAAAACUGAAAAUCAAUUAUCCGCAAAGUGUUCGGUUAAUGGGCGUGUUGGUUGUGGUGGUGUUGAUGAUGGUGACGGGUGUGCUGACGAUAAUAAAAACAAUAAAACUGUGAUAAAAAUAACUGCUAAACCACCGAUUUACGAGAGAUUAAAUCCGAAAACGGCAACCACAAAAUGUCUGUUGGAUGAACGUGAGAUGCCGAUAACACGUGAACGGGAUGGAUUGAAAUUGGAACAAAAUAAGGGAUUACGGAUGCGUGGGUCAACGGGCAGUGAUAGUGGCUUGUCAUCGGAUCGAUGUACAUUGAGGUCACCAAUAUUCAAGAAUCAAUCACCGAGGAAUGGAGGAACAUCUAUGCAAGAGUUGUGUGACAACAAAUUAAGGAGUCUUUCAUUACCAAGGAUUGAAUGCAGAGAUGAAUCAACAACAGACGAGGACUUCCGUUCAUUUGGUUCGUUUACAAUAACAAAAUCGAAAAACCCAAUGCGAGCUGUAUCUUGUCCAUCAAUCAUCGAAAAUCACUUAGACCAAGCAGACCGAGUCAAAACGGCUCGUCAAAAUGAAAAGGAUUCCAUGUGCCGAAUACCGAAACCGGACGACAUUCAGCAUCCCAAUCGGCCGACGGGUAGUGUGUUCCAGAAAUUGAAAAACACAUUCUCGAAUUUGAAGGGAAAGAACGUUGACCAAGCAAUGGCCGAUGCUGAUUCCGUGUACCAUUUUGGUCCGUUGAAAUGGAGAUCGAGUAAAGAACGCCGAAAGGUGAAACAAUUACGGCGCGACAAAUGCAAUAGUGGCGAUAGUGGUAUUCACGUUGAACACGAAAAUGACUCGGAAAGUAAUGAAAACAUACCGCCUAUGAGCAUAAGACGGAUAAAUUCGGCCAAAGAACAGAAAAUCAAGGAAAUGAAAUUGAAUCGAUCCGAUAAGAAACAGGUGCGUUAUUUAAAGGGAAAGUCGGCCAGUCAACCGAAUGGAUUAAACACAUUGUACAGAGAUCGAUACGAAAGCGAUUCGUUGACCAGUGAUAACUACCAAGAAAUCGUCUAUGCCGAAGUCUUAUAUCCAUUCGAACCGGUUGGUGAUCAGGCAUUGGCAUUGGAAACUGGUGCUCUAGUCGAAGUAAUACGUCGGGAUCCGGGUCCGUGGUGGUGGGGACAAAUCAAACACGACGAAAUCAUAGCCAGCAUAAUUCCAGAUCAGCCGCAAGGAUGGUUUCCGAAAGAUUUCGUUCGGGUCAUCCCGCCACUUCCAAAGACUAAACUAACUGAUUUGGAAAGUCAAAAAGUAUCUGUGACCAAAGAAGACGUAGUGCAGCUAGAAUUUGCCGAAGCCUACAAUCCAUCUGUUAAAACGUCCCCAGCGAAGGGUUUGCAGAGCAGUGAAAUGAUUCGAGAUAAUGUUGUCAAGGAAUUGUUAGAGACUGAGAUUAAAUAUGUCAACCUGCUGUCAGCUUUAUGCAAUGGAUUUCUCAACGUACUCAGGCAAAGGGAUGACAUUUUUUCCGUGGAUAGUGUAUCGUUGAUAUUCGCCAAUAUUGAACAAAUCUGGCAAUUCCAACAGACCUUCCUAGAUGCAUUGCGAAACGGAAUUCAACAAAAUCGAAUCGCCGAAACAUUCAUUGAGUUUCAAUCAGCGUUCAUGGUCUAUUCGAUUUAUUGCAAUUCAUAUUCAAGAGCUUUAAUGGAAUUGGAAAGUUUCAGCGAAAAUGAGGGAGCGUUGACUAUUCUAGAAGACUGUCGUAUAUCACAAAACUUGCCAGAGCUUCCAUUAUCCGCUCAUCUGUUAGCGCCGAUACAACGACUAUGCCGGUACCCAUUACAUUUAAGUGAACUUGUAAAAUUUACACCCGCCAAACAGGAAAUAUUGAAACAGCAACCGUCGCUCAUCGAUAUUACGAAAUCGGAAGCGGAAAUGAUUGAUUGUAAGGAAACAUUGGAAUUGGCGCUAAGCGCAAUGAAACGCGUCACCGAAAUGGUGAAUGAAGGUAAACGACACAGCGAAUAUCUCUUCCGCAUCCAGUCCCGUAUCGAUGACUUCCAAGGACCGGCCAUUAGUUUGCACAGCACCCGCCUAUUUUUACAAUCUGACGCUAUUCACAUGACCCCAAACAUUUGGAACAACACAUACACACUAUUCCUAUUCGAUCAUCAAAUCAUCUACUGCAAAAAAGAUCUGCUGAAGCGCACCCAAUACAUUUACAAAGGCCGGAUAUUUCUGGACAAUUGUCGAAUUCUCAACCUACCCGAUGGGAAAAUGUUCGGUGUGACGCUGAAAAAUGCACUUCGACUGUUUUGCGCGACCAGAAACAAAUGGUUGGACUUUUGUUUCCGCAGCAGUAGCAGUAAAUUGCGAUUUUUAAAUACUCUGUCAGCUGAGCGUCAAUUUUGCGGUCAGAAUUUAUUCAUAUCCGAAUUGGCUGGUGAAGACGAUAAUGGCAUGUUGACUGAUGAAGAUGAUGUUGUUGCCAGUGACCAUGUGGACUAUGUCGAUGUGAGGCCCGACAAUGUGAUUGUGGAGCCGAAAGUGAAUAAUGGUACUGCCGGUGGAAUUUUUAAGAAAAGUGAUACGUUGCCGAAAAAAUCGCGUAAGCUUCACAAGGACAUGACUGCAACCAGUUUUGAGUGUCAUUCGAAUUCGUUGGGACGUCGACGGAUCAAUAAUUGGUUUCGGAAAGCUAGGAGUACAAACUCAACACCGUCACACAGCCCAACCCAUCAAAUGAUUGCUAGUAAUACAAGUAGUAGUAGUAGUAGCACUAAUACAAUAGGUCUAAAUUCAAUUAAGCCAAAGCAGAAAAAAUCAAGUAUUUUUGUAAGCUCGUCUUCAUAAGAGAAUACUGAAAUUCAAACAUGUAAGAGCCUACAAAAUGUAACGACGGAUCGGACUAAUUUAUUUAAAAAAAAAAAAGAGGGAAAAAAAUUGGAAAUGUAAAAUGCGAAGGGAGGCAAUGUACUAUUUUAUUUAAGUUUUAAGUACAUAUGGAACAAGAAGCAAUUUAGUUAUUUCAAUACGGCCAAAGAGCAUUACUGUAUACAUAUAUGGCUCCUACUUAUAAGGAAUAUGAAAUCUCUGAGCUAAAGUCAUAAUUUAUACAAAAGUUCUGAUAAGUUUAUUAAAAGAACGUUGAAGUCAGA